AAACAUAUUGGAACUUGGUUUAGGUUUCAUUAUGUAGAUAUUUGUUAAAGUUUUCCGUGUUUUACACUUGUUUUGGCAGCCAGAAUGUAAAAGUAAAAAGUUCAAAUCAACCGCCAUAUACUCAUCCCUAAUACAAUCGAUCAUUUUGGGGUCGACAAACAAUUAAAGUUAAACAAAUACUAUGACUCAUACACAAAAAGUUAACGAAAUCCACAAAAAUGUCGCGAAUUUACUGCGGCUACAACCCGCCGCCUCCCGGUUUCAAGACCUUCUUCUCGGAAAAGUAUGAGGACCGCCUGAAGCGGCUUCCCGGCUUCGGAAAAAUGCGAAAAUCCUGGGAUUCCCACAGGCGGCCAACGCUCAUUUUGCUCCAUGUAUUUGCCGAUGACUUUGGAGCCCUGGAGAAGUGGAUGGAGAUGGCUUACCAGGUGGCAGACCCCGAUGAUCUCGGUCAGCUGAUGGACUUUUACGUGGACGAUAUGUGGGCGGCGUAUAUAUUCAACGAGGAGGAGUUCAGCUUCUUCCGUAGCGAUGAAGGGUGCUUUGUGGACGGGCCCCCGCUGAUUUACGGGGUGACUGCCUCGGGCGAAGUGUUCUUCUUUGGCGAGUUCUCAGGACCCAAAGCCCCAGAUGUGGAAAGUCUGAAGGUAUUCUGCAGGCAGGUGAUAGAGGGAAAUGUGGAGGAACCCAUUAGCCGGAAGUCCCAAGUGGAACAUAUAGACCUGGCCCAUUGGAACGAACUGAUUUACGCCUCCGAUGAAGAUGUAGCAGUGUUAUUUUACAAUUCCCUGCAGAAUGGCACACAGGCGAACGAUGCCAUAAUGCAGAGUCUAAGCAGACUUGGUGAUUGCCUUAAGCAGGAGGCAGUGCGUCUGUACAAGAUGGACCUACAGGGAGGGAGUGCCCCCAAAAAGUUCAGCGUGGAGACGACACCUGCCUUCUUCUUCCUAAAAGGGGUCCAAAAGCAGAAUCCCAUCCAGUGCAAAUAUAAGCUAGGCCCAUUUACUAUGCUAAGAUUCGUGGCCGAAACUGCCAGCCAGGAGCUGAACUAUUAUAACCGACUUGGUCACCGUAGGCUCCAUGCGGAACUGCUCGCCCACAUGAAGGAAUAUUUUGAUUUGAGGAGCAAUAAGCAAGGGUUUUUUAUGUGAAUGUUUCCUCUGACGCGUUGGGUUUAUAUAAAUUCAAAUAUUUUGCGCCAAAUAUAUCUAUCGCCCGAGAACAGGGAUGAUUUGUUUAAAGGUUUUUUUUUAUCGAAAUGCUGAAAUUAACAACAAAUAGCUUAAAAGACAAUAAAAUUGCCGUUUUCUUGGACCACAGAAAACUAAUUGA